AUGCCUGAGUCUUCAACACCGCCUGCAGGACAGAGCAAAGACCAGCUGCCCACCAUCCGUUUCAUACCACAUGUCGAAACACGUACGAACCAUCGACCGUCACUACAGUUUGCAGCAGUAUCGCGCCAACUCAAAACACCAAAUAGCGUUGUACGCGUUGGCCGAUACAGUGAGCGAGACAAUGCUUCCGGCGACGUCGUGGGCUUUAAGAGCAAAGUGGUGAGCAGAAGACACUGCGAGUUCUGGUGCAAUGAAGGACAGUGGUAUGUCAAAGACGUGAAAUCCAGUUCAGGCACAUUCUUGAACCACGUCCGAUUGUCGAGCCCUGGCGCUGAAAGUCGACCCUACCCCGUGAACGAUGGAGACGUGGUCCAGCUCGGCAUCGACUUCAAAGGCGGCGAGGAGGCUAUCUUUCGCUGCGUCAAGAUCCGCAUAGAAUGCAAUCGAGGCUGGCAGAAGGCUCUGAACAGCUUCAAUACCUCGACCCACAAGAAGCUCUUUAAGAAUGCGCUCAAGCCAAAAGGCGGGGCUGGACGCGAUUCAGAUGCUGUUAGUGUGAACAGCUCGGAAUGCUCCAUUUGCCUCAACCCUGUCGCACCCUGUCAGGCCCUUUUCGUCGCGCCUUGUAGUCACGUUUGGCACUUCAAGUGCGUGCGAAACUAUAUCAAUGGUCCGGCAUGGCCCAAUUUCAAUUGCCCUAACUGCAGAUUGGUGUCUGAUCUCGAUGCAGACGUCGAU